UCUCUUGGGUAUUUAUAUAAUUAAAAGAGUAGCAUAAUUUAGCUUAAAACUGGUAGACAUAAUUAAUAAAUUAUAUUUGAUUAAUUCUUUAUAUAAUUAUAACUACGAUUAGUUAUAAUUAUAAUACUCAACGAUUAUAACAACAGUAGAUUUCAUAUUAUAAUAACGACGAUCCAUUUCAUAACAUACUCUGUCGGUAUGAAGAUUCUUCUGUCGCCACAUGCUUCCUGACAGAAUCGAAGUCUAGAGGGGGUAGGAAAGAGGGGAGACAAAUCAACCUGGCUGUACUGUUUGGAACGCUCUUUUAUUUUCUAAACAUUCUUGUAUUGUGUUUAGUUUGGCAAUGUCAGUGCGAGGACGUAUUACACAGGAAGAAACUGAAAUCUGUGUAUAUUAUUAAUAUUUCAAAAUUUCAAAAUAAUAUACAUUGGAAUUAGAAGUGUUUUUACUUUUUUCUAUUUAAUUACAGUACUUUUCUUCGUAUAAACAAUAACCGCAAAAUGAAUACUAAUCGACUUAGCUUUGGAAAUUCGUCUCACAACUUUAAUCAAGGUUCAAGAUAUGAUAAUAGGGAAGAUCAAAAGAAGAAUAAUUAUUUCAGGAACGAACAAAGUAAACCUGUUCACUAUGAUAAUUAUGACAGCAGACCAAAUAAGCUUACUAUACAAAUUGAUACAGAUAAAGUUGGAAAGCUAAUUGGUAAAAAUGGAUACAAUAUUAGAGAACUACAAGAUAAAACAAAUACAAAGAUUCACAUUGAUCGAUCAACAGGAAAUUACACUACUGCUGUAACUAUAAUUGGUUCAAAAGAAGCACAAGAUCAGGCUAAACAUUUAAUAGAAGAAUCAUUUAAUGAUUCUUCAUGUUUAUCAUCAAAAAUGGAUGAGCACUGGGAGCAACAAACUAACCAACCACAGAUUGACUUUACUAACUUUGACUGGUCUCAAGCUAGCAAAAAAUGUGAUGAAUUUCAACAAGAAAAGUGGUCAAAACUUGCUCCCGUUAUUAAAAACUUUUAUAAAGAGCACCCAGAAGUUGCAAAUAUGACGAAAGAACAUGUAGCUCAUAUUAGACAAAUAAAUAAUAAUAUAGAAGUCAGGUAUAUGUUUGAUGAACAAGAGAAACAUGCAGAAAAGUUUGAUAUACCCAAUCCUAUUGAAACAUUUGAACAAGCUUUUGAUUCUUAUCCGGACAUACUGGAAGAAAUAAAAAAGCAAGGCUUUACCAAACCAAGUCCAAUACAGUGUCAAGCAUGGCCUGUUCUUUUGAGCGGUAAAGACCUUAUUGGCAUUGCGCAAACAGGCACAGGAAAAACAUUGGCAUUUUUACUGCCAGCUUUAAUUCACAUAGAGGGUCAAGAAACACCACGGUCGGAGCGAAACGGUCCUAAUGUUCUUGUUAUGGCUCCAACAAGAGAAUUGGCGUUACAGAUUGAAAAGGAAGUGAAUAAAUAUUCUUAUCACGGCAUAAAAGCGGUAUGCGUGUACGGAGGAGGUAAUCGAAAAGAACAAAUCAAUUUAGUACUAAAAGGAGUAGAAAUAGUGAUUGCAACUCCUGGUCGAUUAAAUGAUCUCAUCGAAGCAAAUAUUUUAAAUAUUUCAUCAGUUACAUAUCUUGUGUUGGAUGAAGCUGACCGUAUGCUUGACAUGGGUUUUGAACCACAAAUUAGAAAAACUUUGUUAGAUAUAAGACCGGAUCGUCAAACAGUUAUGACAAGUGCUACAUGGCCCCAAGGUGUGAGACAUCUGGCGCAAUCUUACAUGAAAAAUCCAAUUCAAAUAUUUGUUGGAUCUCUUGAUUUGACUACUGUACAUACUGUAGUACAAAAAAUUGAAAUAAUCGAUGAACACGAUAAAACGAAUCUGAUGUAUGAGUUUUUCCGUCAAAUGGGUCCAAAGGAUAAAGUUAUAGUGUUCUUUGGAAAAAAGUGUAGAGUCGAUGAUGUAGCAAGUGAUUUAGCCUUACAAGGUAUAAAUUGUCAAAGUAUACAUGGAGGGAGAGAACAAUCUGAUAGGGAACAAGCAUUGGAAGAUUUAAAAAGCGGAGAAGUUCAAAUACUUCUUGCAACGGACGUUGCCAGUCGGGGAAUUGAUAUCGAAGACGUUUCACAUGUAUUAAACUUUGAUUUUCCUCGAGACAUAGAAGAGUACGUUCAUAGAGUUGGUCGCACUGGGCGCGCUGGACGCACAGGAGAAAGCAUAACAUUCAUGACAAAAAGAGAUUGGUCUCUUGCCGGAGAACUAAUUAAUAUUUUAGAAGAAGCUUAUCAAGAAGUUCCUGUGGAAUUAUAUAAUAUGGCUAAUAGGCAUGACGCAUGGAAGAAAAAACGUGCGCACGAAAAACAGUUUGAACGAUCAAAUACAGAUGCUUACUCCAACAGAAGGAAUAAUAGAAGAUGGUAGUUACAUGGAAAUCCUGCUAAGUUUAUUAUUUAAAACCAUUCGCAACGAACAUUCUGUUUUAUACUUUUUUAUAUACAUUAUAAAGUUUUUCAUUUCGCAUAAAAAAAUGAAUUGCGUUAAAAAAAACAUUCCAAAAAAUUUACUUUGUUUCUUUACCUUUAUUUUUAACUGUUUUCGUUUUUUAAUAUAACUGUAAAAUUCAAUUUGGUCAAUUUAUAUUAUAGAAUCCGAUGCAAAUUUGUAAUGAGUUUAAAACAAUAUAUGAUAUGAACAAAUAAGAAUAAUAUUAUCGAAUAAUGGUAUGCGAUAUGUUUUAAAAUACGGUUACAUAAAUACAAGUCCAUACCAUAAUAUCAGUAUUAAUACAAUUUCUUUUCUAUUUUUUUAUGUUUUGUAUACAUUGGAAUUAUCGUUAAAGUAAUAUGCUUACUUUUUCAAUCAUUCGUUCAUACAAAUAAAAAUGCACAUAACAAAUAAAUAAGUCUAUGUAAAAAAGGUUAAGAUAACUAUUAGUUAUUAACUAGUAAGAUAAAUGAAUGGUACGUAAUGAUUUGAGUUUCCAUUGCUUUAUUAAAAAAAAAUAUAAAAUUUGUACCAAAUUUUAACUAUAAACUUUAAAGUUUCGAGUUUUGGUAUACUUUUCAGCAAAUAUUUUUCCAUUCGGUGUUGGAAUUGAAAAGGCAAUAUCGUCCAAAGACAUAAUGUAGCCAUAAUAAAAUUCAGCUCUAAAAUUAUUA